AUGUCAGAGGUCUACGAAAACAAAUGGCCAUGCAUCUAUAAAAAGCCGGUUGUUUACACAGAUGACUGCAAUGACAAUAUUACCACCUACAAAUCCAUCCCAACCAUCCCUUGCGCUUCAAUAUGUCUAACACUGACAGAAGAAAUAAAUGGCCAAACAGCUUACAUACGUGGAUGUUACGAUUCCAUCCUGCAGAACAGAUUCAAUUCAACUAUAACUAAAUGGUACCGAUGGAUGCAUCGGGAUUUUUGUAGGAAUUAUCGAAAAAACGAGUUAUUCAAUCUUCAAGAAGGUCUUGAAUUCGAGAGAAACUCGACGGUCGGUGUCUGCACUUACUACCCUAAUCCUCCAUCAGUCAUCACAAAAUUCAAUCCACAAAGCAUCAAGAAAUCUACUCCUUGCCCCUGCAUGAAUUCCGCGAAUCCCGUUUUCCUUCCGUUUUUUUAUUCUGAUACUUCAAAAAAUUCUGAACAACUUUCAUCAUUGGAGCAUAUACUGAAAAUCGCUCUGAACGCCCUAAAUUCACGUUUUCCCGGCUCAAAAGAAGCCUAG